AUGCGUCUGAACGUAUAUUUUGCAGGACUCCUUGGUCUUGCCAGCAGCCCACUCCAGAGCCUGGUGACGGCCCGAGCCGUGGGAGACUGGAACCCCACCGCGUCAGAGACUAGAGACAUCACUGCUAGGGGGUUCGACUGGCCGACGCUCAAGAUGAAGGAUAUCGCGGACGACAUCCAUACAGGCAUGGCGGAUGUUGUCUCCGUCAAGAAUGACAAAGGAAAGGAAGUUCUCAAGGCCGACUCGGUCUUCGUGAAGACUCGGGGAGAGCCCGCGCAUGAGCUGGACGUGUACAAGGAUAUCAAGGGAAAGGGAGUCGCCCUUGAUGUGUUGGCUGUCAUCGUCGACGAUGAUGACGAUGACAAGGCUAUUGGCUUUGUCCAGCAUGCUGUCCAAGGCCAGGAUGCGAAGAAGGAAGAUUUGGAGGCCUGUAAGAGCGUGCUCCAGAAGCUUCACGACGCUGGCUGGCUGCACAUGGACCCGAACAAGAGAAACUUCAAGAAGGUGGAUGGCAACUGGCUCCUUUACGACUUCGAGGAUGCCAAGAAGCCGAAUGAUGAUGACGCCUACGACGACGAUGAUGAUGAAGAUGAUCGCAAGCAGAAGGACUUUGCCAAGCAAAAGUCCUCCUUCGAAAGCCCUUUCCCCUGGGGCAAGAACUAA